AUGUCAUCGAAUCUCCCUUUCCGUGACAUCAACCUCCACGCUUCGCCGCGUUGCUAUGCAUUUAGAUCUGCAUCUUCCUCUUCGGCUCCUAGCUUGGUUAUCGAACGGCCCACGGGCGAGUUGAAGCUUGAAAAUGCCUCCGCACAUGGCGCGAAACGGAUCUCUAGCAUUGCUGGAAUAUUGGGCAUUGUCAAAUUGAAGCUUGACAAAUAUAUUAUCGUUAUCUCGAAGGCGAGGCCCAUGGGAAGAUUGAGAGGCCAUAUGGUAUACAAAGUCGUUACGACCGAAUUCCUCCCUCUCCGCGAGACGCCGCUCCACGACCCAGACGAGGAUGCCUACCUGGCCCUACUCAAGCGAAUGCUAGCCACUGGGCCGAUGUACUUCUCCUACUCGAUAGAUAUUACCAACAGUUUCCAGCGCCAGUCGCAGAGCGAUCCUUCGCAACCUCUCUGGAAACGAGCAGACGAUCGAUUUUUUUGGAACCGAUUCAUCCAGACGGACCUGAUAGAUUUCAGCUCGGGGUUGUCGGAAAACACAGGGAUUAGAAAUGGACAAUCAUCAGACGUCGAUCCGUAUAUAUUACCUGUUAUGUUCGGGAUGAUGCGUAUAACGCCUGCCAAAAUUAAAUCUACGCCGUUUACUUUUGCUCUCAUAACUCGCCGCUCGAGGUUCAGGGCAGGAACCAGGUAUUUUUCCCGCGGGAUUGAUGAGCAGGGAAACGUCUCUAAUUAUAAUGAGACGGAGCAGAUUGCUAUUUUGAAUGAUGCUGCUGGAGGGGUGUCUGGGUUUGGUAUGGGUGACAACAAAACAGGAGAAAAGAGCCAUCAAGACCUUCAUGUGUUAUCAUUUGUCCAGACGAGAGGGAGUAUUCCUGUCUUCUGGGCCGAAGUUAACAACCUUCAUUAUACGCCAAAACUCACCGUGCGUGGAGUGGACGCUGCAGCCUCAGCAGCCCGAAUGCACUUUUCAGAGCAAAUCAAGAUCUACGGGGAAAAUUACCUGGUGAACUUGAUCAACCAAAAAGGCCGUGAGGAGAAGAUGAAAAAAGCAUAUGAGCAGAUGAUGAGACUGCUAGUAUCUUCUCCCACCGAAAGCAGAGAGGCCGACCAACUCACAUCGGAAAAAACGCACACCUUAGAAUCAUCUGUCAAGCAGCAAGAAAUGGAUCGCCUCCAUUACAUAUACUUUGACUUCCACAACGAGACCAAGGGCUUGCAAUGGCACCGUGCAGAGCUUCUCCUGAACCGCCUUAUCGACGGUCUACAACGCGGCCAAUAUUUUAGUGGUACCGAGUCGUUAGGCAAUCCAUCAGGCUCUCUGGAUACCAGAAUGAUGCAGUCCUCCGUGGUCCGAACUAACUGCAUGGAUUGUUUGGACCGAACAAACGUUGUCCAGAGCAUGCUCGGUCGUUGGGCGUUAACGCGACAAUUCAUCGAUUGCGGAAUCCUACAGCAAGGCGAGAAGACUGACGAUGACCUGGUAUUCCGAGAUCUCUUCCGCAAUGUGUGGGCUGAUAACGCAGAUGUUGUCUCCAAGUCGUAUUCUGGAACCGGUGCUUUGAAGACCGACUUUACUCGUACCGGCCAACGAACAAAGGCCGGUGUUCUCCAGGAUGGAAAUAACUCUAUAACCAGAUAUAUCUUGAACAAUUUCAUGGACGGCCCAAGACAAGAUGCUUUCGACCUCUUCCUCGGCACAUACCUUCCGCCUACUACUGUGGCAUAUGUAUUCGCGGACCGACGGCCACUUAUCAUCCAGUCUAUUCCAUAUAUCCUUGGAGCAGCUAUUUUCAUGAUUUUGGUAGCUAUGUUCACUCGACAGCUGCCUGAUUCAGCUGCCUGGCCAUUAAGGAUCUUCCUCAUCUUCUGGAUCGUUGUCGCUGCCUGGUGUCUACGAUUUAUUCAUUCCCAUGGCAUGCUAUAUGUAAAUUGGCCGAAGCUCAACACCCCAGCUGCCGGAGCGGAAGGAUAUGCUGAAGCUCUGCGUCGGGCAGGCAGCGAUAAAAUCAUUGGCGAUUUUAUACCAACCGCGAGGCAUCAGCGUGGCGUGAGCAAUGCACGGUUAGGUUUUAUGGAGGAAGGAAAGAAGAGGAUAGAAUAG